UUAGCGUACGGUGUCAGUCUGCUGUUAGCACCGCGCUGAGGUAGUUCACCGUCGUCGUUCUGUUAAUGUUGAUGUCGUCGUCGUUUCACUGACUCAUUCAUACGCUCUGUGUGCCGGUCCGGGUCUGGGUCUGUGUUUUCCCCCUUUUUCGUGUCGUUUCGGGCCGUUUCCUCGAAAAGCUAUUGAAAUUGUGUAGAGUCCCUGGACCUUUGCCAGCAAGGAUAAACAAAUUGUGGCACCCUGAAGCCAUUCCUGGAAGUGUGGAUCGAAUCUCGGGAUCAGGGAUAUGACGCGGUUCGAGUGGCAAAGCUUCGCAUUCGAGAGGUACUAAUUAAACCGGCAAACCUUCGAAGCUUUCUUGGAAAAUAUUGUCAUAACACAGCGCGCAGCUCCACUUCCCCUUUUUUGUACGGACUCCAGAUCAAACCAAAGCCCAGUGCCGCCCCACAAGCACAAGGCUUGCAGUAAUAACUUUUAAUUGAAUCUUCGAGUGUCGGACUCUUUGCGAGGCCGGAGAGCAACAUCCAGCUCGAAGCUUUUAUGAAGGUUUUCCAGCUAAUCCGUACGUGAGAUGUGUGAUCCAAUGACGUCGUUGCUCGUUAGAGAUCAGCGCCAGUCCCAUUUGACGUGAUUCAUUACCUGCCGUGCUCGAAUAGCGUCAUCCUCCUCAACUGGCACAAACCGAAUCCAAACAGACCUCGAACUGACUGGCGAGGUAUGGUUUGGCGAAGAAAGGUUUAGCAAUUGGUUUGCCAGUAGUUGUCGCGCGAAGAAUCAUUAGAAGAGGGUCAAAACUUGAUAUCCAAGAAGCAUCUUCGUCACCACAAUUGAAGCCUCUAAAGAGAGGGCGAAGAAAAGGAAGACUGAAGUUGUCGUGAAUCGUUCACUCGUCUGGAACCGGACCUGUGUGAGAGCUGUAGGUCAAAAAGGAAUGUUUAUGAGGCCUCUUGGGUGUAUGUGAAUGUGAAUAAAUGAUAUUAUUUUUUAAUUACUAGUUGUUAAAACAGAACAGAAAAAAACAACAGUGUAAAGUGCAGCUCGAUCGUUCUCGGAGUCGGAGUCGCAGGCGAACUAGUUGUUUCUAUAAUUAAAACGUCUCUCGAAGUACAAAUAUCUGUGUUGGUGGAAUUACCGAGAAAAAUUAACAGAAAAAAAGUGCUCACUCAUCAAUGCUAGUUUUUAUGAGGAACAAGUCAAGCUGUAAGAGUCUCGCUUGCGCUGCCCGGCAAUAAGCCGCGCGCUAAAUUGGAGCGCAAUUUCCGAGGACCGCGACAAUUCGUCGGCGACAAAGCAGUACCUGGAAAUUUCGGUGCGGCACCAUUUUUCCGGUCCGGUCGCUGUCGAGAGUGACAAUCGACGAACGGUACCUCGGCGUUGGCGACAGCCGAACGGAAGUAAACGAACGGGCCAGCACGAGAAUAGAUAAUCAGUCGACGAAACCCCACCGAAGCAGUGCAGUGUGGUAAUGCUUACGACAAACAAGUCCAGAGAAGAAAGGCCCGCCAAACGCAACGGUGCAAUGGGAAACGGACGGUUGUUGUAACACCCAUACGAGCGGCACGGCGGCGGCGGUCAAGUGACAAAGUGCGGUUCCAGCGGUGGUCCAGAGAAAAUCCGAGAACGUGUGAAGAUAUAUUGUUACAGUGAAAAUAGUUGUUUGAUUAAUUAAUAAGCAUAUUAGUGUCGUCGUUAGGUGCUUGUUUCUGAUACAUUACACGCUGGUGGGGUCGGUUCCACCUUAGCGAUCAAUUAACAUAUUUGUGCGCUAUUUACAACCGAAACAACAUCCGACCGCGCGUGAACGCAACUUGUGUGGGUAUAUUAUAUCUGUGGGGAUCCAGUUUGAGUCAAUCGACAUGCUACACCACAAGCGUAUCUCAUCAUCGGCAAGGGCGAUGUUGGCGGUACUCAAGUCGGCCGGGCGGAGGAACCGGAGUAGGUGUCACAAUGUCGGCGACGUUAAACUGCUGACAGUGUUGAUUGCCGCCUGUCUCACGGUGGUCACCGGACUGAUUGAUAGGGCCCAGGGUGAGGACCACUGCAGCGAGCAUCGAUAUAAUGACUCCCUUGUCAGUGACUACAUGCAGUUCACGAAGGAGGUGGCCGAUCGGGAGUACGGCGUUUUAGGCCAGUUCAAAAGCUUGCAUUGCUGUGCUAAAGGCUACCGGAGUAUCGAAUGGUUCAAAAAUGGCCAACCGUAUCCAUGGGGAGGUGAUAUAUCGUCGCUGAUUGUGUAUCCGGAGGCAGCAAAUCAAACCAUUUACACCCACCGGAUAUCGGAAACGGACAUCGGCAACUACAGUUGCGUGCUGCGGAACGACACCAGCAUCAUACGGCACGAUAUCGAGCUGCGAAUACAAGAAGAUAAACCGGACUACCCGCUGCCAACGUUCAAGCCGAAAGAUAUGAUCAUCAACCUGGGCGAGACGGCGCGAUUCUACUGCGAGGCGUUUGUGGGAAAGCUCGAUCUACCGGAUGCGACUAAUAAAAUCGUGUGGAUGCAGAUGCUGGACGACAAGCCAGCUUCCAUAGUGGACGCGAAUCAGUUGAACGUGUCUAGGGAGGAUGGUCAAAUUAUUGGGUCCUAUCUGUCGAUACCGAAAAUUCAGCCGCACCACUAUGGACGCUAUCGGUGCCAAAUUACGUCCGGCAAUUUAGAGCGGCCUCUGGAGUUGGGCAUGGAGCUCUCGCCAGCGCAGGUCACUGCAGUUGAAGAUCCCGAGCUCGACCUUUUGGGACUGAUAAUCAUAGCCAUAGUAGUGAUGGCUCUGCUCGUUAUUUUGGCUCUCAUCUUCUGGAAGGGUCAACUGAAGGAACACAAUGACAAUCGAUGCUCGGCACAGUUCAUCGCCGAUAACGAUGUGUAGACGUAUUUUGUGCGAUUCUAGGAUACUUUCCAUUUCAAAAUUUUAUUUAUUCACUCGACUCAAGCUCUGAGCUAUGAUUGUAAUUUAUUCGUUUAACUUCCUCAUUAGUUUAAUUCGUGCGGUAAUCUUCAACUCUACUUUAGUAUUAGGUUUCGAGGUGUAAAUAGUUUUCGUACAACCCAAAGGUAAAUCGUUCGGCUCGAUUUCCGUUGUUUUGUGACCGAAUGGAAAAAAUGGUUUAUUCGCUUUCGACAAGCCAUUUGAGAGACUGACUUUUGUGAUUUCGUAGAGGUUCAGGGCGACCAAUCAAUUUCGAAUCGUUUAAAAUAUUGUUUUUUAAGUGACCCAAAACACUUCUCAGAUGUUCGGAUUUUCAGUGCACUAAUAUUUUGUAUGUUUAACGUAUCGAUUAAUUAUUUAUUUUCACAAAAUUAAUGAAUCUAAUUUAGCGAUUUGUGAUUUUUCAUCAGGUUCCACUUCACCUCAAAAUUACGAUGUAUAGGUUUUCUACAUAAGUUCCCUAAAUAUGACCUUAUCAUAUGUUGAUUCAAAUUGUAUUGGCUACCCUACAUUGCUGUGCAUGCCACUACCGUUAGAUGUAUUUAUAAGUUUUUUAGAAUUACGCUAAACGAACCCAUUCGAUUACACGAUUCGUGGCUUUCUACUCAAGAGUCACUUCAAAAAAUCAGCAAAUAAGAGCUUAAAACUAUAAUAUACAGAGAUAGGUAUACAGUUAUUAUUACUCGUAUAUAUACGUUAAACGUCAAUCAAUAGUGAUUACAAACGAGCUAAAAAUCAAUGUUGGCUUUCCAGAGACUAAACUGUAUUCCAAAUUGUUAUUCGGUUGACAAUUGCGUCAUUUAGCUAAAAGCAAUACAAAAGAACGUUUCGGAUCGUAGUGUUCGCCACGAUCCAAACGAAUUGUUGGUAUUAUUCGAACGACUGUGACUUGGAAUUCGAAACCGUAGGUGUUUUAACCAGUGAAAGGAAGCACAAAUCUGGCAACCUUGUACGUUCUUCUGAACCAUUCCUUCUCCUUUCAAACCAAGUUUGAUUCUAAUGUACUGUACUGUAAUGUUGUUCAUCCUCAAAGCGCAUCAUUUAAACGGCGACAUUUCUGUGUAACAAUCAAUCCAUAUUGUUAUAUACUUGUAUGUAGUACUAGCAACAAAGGGUAUCAGAUCAGCACUUCAACUGAGAAGUUCUAAGCCACUAUUUGUAAUAUUGAUCAAAUAUAACAACUGAAAGUUGUACAUAAUAAUUGUAAAAAAUAAACACUGAAAAAAUGAACAAAUACAUCUCGUAUAGAAGCUAUUGUA